GCUUAGACACCAAGAUAAGAACUGAACUUACUGUAUACAUACAUAUAGUAGGAAUACUAUAAUUCCAAAACAAAUUACAAAAUCAACACAAAAAUUGCUGAAAUCGCCAAAGUAAAUGCAUCCAGAGCCCCUAUAAGUCAGAACCACUGCUUGUAUUAAUUUCAAUUGAUGAUUAAUAUUCAACUUGUGAGCAUCAGCGUCAAGAUGAAUCCAGCAAUAUACCUCAACCUCCUCUUGUUCGUCAGCUUUGGCUGGACAGCCAGUGUGCAAAGUGACCUGGAAUUUUCUGCUGAAUUGACACGAUUAAAAAAUAUCUACGAAGAUGAUUCGGUUACUCGGUCUAUUAAGUUCAGGACUAUCCCCGAUCUUAUGGAUUUCUACGAAAAGUACUCAGAUCGACUCAGAAUGACACCCAGGGGACGAGUGAGAGCCGAUGAUGCGUUAAAGGUAUACAAGGAGGAAAAGGCUAAGCAAAUACACGUAGAUGGUGUGGCUCUUCAGGGCCUCUGGACAGUACUCAUUUUCGGAAAAAUAGAUACUAUACUUAAAGUACUAUACACGCAACCGGAUCCAAAUCUACAUCAGAACCAAACUUUUAUAACUAAUAGCAUAAAUAAAAAUAAUUGAAUAAUAUAACAAGUGA